UAGAGCGCGUGUCACUCCCUCAUCAGCGGCUCGCUGGAAACAUGGCGUCAGUGCACACACGGGCGAGCCUCAACUCUGCAGACGGAUAGUGAAAGAAAAGUGUGCACCGGGACCUACAGCACCCACUUGUCUUUGCAAAGCUUUAUUUUCCUGGAAAUGUACUGAUUCAUGCACGGGUGAGAAGAGAGCCAUCCCUUCGAUUUGGCCCCGAUUAUGGAGCCUCCAGAUGAUACCAGGCGGAGGGACUCGUCCGAAGACGCGCCUCAGCAGAACACUGAUGUGGAUGAGUCUUGGGACGAGCCCAUCCAGGAAGAAGAGGCUCUCUAUGGCACAUCCCCUCCACUCACUGCACGCCAGAUAAAACGCACGUCCAACAAACACCAGAGGACUGGCCAGGGGUCAAAGGGCAAAGAGAAGCAGGGUUCCUCCAGCCCGCUGUCUCAAAAGGAACGUGAAGGAGCGAGAUCUGCUGAACCUCCCGAGGAGCACAGCAACAAGCUGAAGAAGCAGCGCUCUAACCAGCGCACCAACGAGCGGGACGGCAAGAGAGCUUUUGAGGGCUCCUUCAUGCUGGAAUCGGUUUCUAGGACCAGUAACAUCGGUUCUAGAAACAUGGACCCUCGCCGACCCUACCUGAGCCUGGGCAUGAUACCUAUACGUACCCACCGGCAGACCUCUCGUUCCGACUGCCCGGCAGAUCGUCUCAAGUUCUUCGAGACCCUGCGGCUGCUGCUCAAGCUCACGUCCAUGUCAUCCAAAAAAAAGGAGAAGGAGCAAAGAGGUCUGGAGAACAUGGCCUUUAUGGGCCAGAACAAAGAGGUGAUCUGGCUGGAGUUGCAGGCCUGGCAGGCUCGUCGUAGCAUUACGGAGCAGGAUCUGUACCUGUUUACUGCCCGCCAAAACAUACCUGACAUAAUCAACCAGGUGUUGCACUUUAAAGUGGACUAUAGCAUUCUAGUCGGGCACGAGAGCAACCUCACGACAGAACUGAAUGACUCUUGCCAUGGCGAAACCAAUUGCAAGAACGAUCCAUUUAGCUUUAGCGACUGCACCGCAUCCUGGGGAGAGAUCAACACCGCGACUCCCUUUUCUUCGGCUCUGGAGUGUCGGGAACACUUGCAGAGACAGCGAGUGGCUUUUGAUCAGGUGAAGUGGGUCAUGUCGCUGUUGGAGUCGGUGGAGUCGUUGUACCCGUCACUCCAAACCUUGCAGAAGGACUAUGAGAAAUACGCAGCUCGGGACUUCCAGGGCAGGGUGCAGGCGCUCUGCUUAUGGCUCAACAUCACUCAGGACCUCAAUCAGAAGUUGCGGGUGAUGGGCACCGUGCUAGGCCUCAGGGACCUUUCUCGCAUCGGCUGGCCCGUCUUUGAGAUCCCGUCGCCUCGGUGCUCGUAUGGUGAUGAGGAGGCGGGCGAGAGCGAGUCCAACGCUACGAAUUUGAGCGGGAUGGCUAGCGACGGAGAGGAGUCGCCCCCCCUCACCCCAAAGUUUUCACGGCUCAUGUCGGAGGAGGAGUGUCUCCCGCGGGACAAUGAGACCCACUGCUGCCCCACUGCCAUCUAUAGGCCGUUUGUGGAUAAGGCGCUUAAACAAAUGGGACUGCGUAAACUGAUCCUCAGACUGCACAAGCUGAUGGAUCGCUCGCUGCAGAGAUCCAGAACUGCACUGUUGAGUCACAUGCCGGCUCAAGAGUUGUCAGCAGCCCCAGGUUAUUCUCUGCAGCACUGUGACUACCUUCCAGAGCUGUCUCGUCAACCGUCUGGCCCAGUGGAGGAGGAGGCGGAGUCUGGACGGGUUUCGUGGGAGGAGCUAAUGGACAUGGACCUACCUUCGUUUCGACCGGCCUUCUUGGUGCUUUGUCGCGUGCUGCUAAACGUCAUUCACGAGUGCCUCAAACUGCGACUUGAACAAAGGCCUGCAGGAGAACCGUCCUUGCUCAGCAUCAAACAGUUGGUGCGUGAAUGUAAAGAGGUUCUUAAAGGCGGACUGCUGAUGAAACAGUACUACCAGUUCAUGCUGAGUGGCGUCAUCACCGACCCUCAGGGUCUACAGACAAACGCCAACAUCGAUGAGUUUGAAGAGGAUCUCCACAAAAUGCUUGAGGUUUACUUUGACUACAUGCGCAGCUGGAUCCAGAUGUUACAGCAGCUUCCUCAGGCUUCCCACAGUCUAAAGAACCUGCUGGAAGAGGAAUGGAACUUCACUAAAGUCAUCACUCCGUACAUCCGAGGCGGAGAAGCCCAGUCUGGAAAACUCUUUUGUGAUAUCGCUGGCAUGCUGCUAAAAUCCACUGGAGACUUCUUGGAUGCCGGCCUUCAGAAGAGUGACAAUGAGAUCUCUGAGUGUGUGGAUGACAGCACCGCCUCGGAUGAAAUCAGACGUUCUGUGAUUGAAACAAGUCGCUUGCUCAAAGAGCUCUUUCAUGAAGCCAGGGAAAGAGCAUCUAAAGCUCUGGGCUUUGCCAAGAUGCUGCGCAAGGAUCUUGAGAUUGCGGCAGAAUUUAGCUUAACCAGCGGAGUGCCUUCUCUCCUCCAGUCACUGAAGUCCAAAAGUUAUGUCAAGGUCCAUAUCCCAGGACUGGAGGAGCUGCAGGUGUUUGUCCCUUGUGGCCUGAUGGAGCAAAAGCUGGUCAUCUUGCAGUUGUUGAACGCAGCGGCGGGAAAAGACUGCUCCAAAGAGCCAGAUGAGAUCCCAGAGGAUGAGGCCUACCUGAUCAUGAGCAAACACGGACUGGGAGAGUCCAAUGCCGAUGGUGCCUGGGCCGAGUGGGACGGUACUGUUCUCAAACUGGUACCUCAGAUGGAGACUGUGGACACUUUACGGGCCAUGAAGGUGGAAAAUCUCCUUCUGAUUGUGAUGCAGUCUGCACACCUGGUGGCACAACGCAAAGCCUUUCAACAAUCUAUGGAAGAUCUUCUCACCCUCAGCCGGGAACAGACAUCCAGUCAGCCUCUAAUCGUCUGUGCUCUUGAACAACUCAAGAAUGAGGCUCUCCAGCUGUGUAUCAAGAUCAAUACAGCGAUCGAUCAGGUGGAGCUGAUGUUCACAUCGGAGUUCGAGGCAGGGGUGGAGGAAACUGAGAAAGCCACACUGCAACAGUAUUACAGAGAGGCCAUGAUCCAGGGCUACAACUUUGCUUUUGAGUAUCAUAAAGAGGUUGUCCGUCUGAUGUCUGGAGAGUUCAGGCGAAAGAUAGGGGAACACUACAUUGCUUUUGCACGCAAGUGGAUGAACUUUGUCCUCACUAAAUGUGAAAGCGGGAGAGGCACUCGUCCAAGAUGGGCGACUCAGGGCUUUGAUUUUCUCCAAGCGAUUGAGGCUGCAUUUAUAUCAGCUUUGCCAGAAGAUGACUUUCUGAGUCUGCAGGCGUUGAUGAACGAAUGUAUCGGGCAUGUUAUCGGGAAACCACACAGUCCAGUAAGCAGUAUGUACUUUGGCCCUCGAAACAGCCCUCGACCUGUCAAAGUCCCCCGUUGCCACAGCGACCCUCCAAACCCAUACCUCUUCAUCCCUUCAUCUCACUCUGAGGGCUUCAGCUCUAGGAGUCUCCCGUGUGAUCUGCGUUCCCAGUUGUGUACCCCAGGUCCCCGCCCCGCCCCUCCGAUACCCUCUGGGGAACACAGCCACGCUAUCAAAUCCACCUGCAGCGUCCCCAAUGACAUCAGGGGCUCCAGUGCACAUGAGAACGACCGGCUGUCUUCUGUAGCAGCAGAGCUGCAGUUUAAGUCUCUAAGUCGACACUCCAGCCCCACAGAGGACCGCGAGGAGCCCUCGUACCCCAAAGGAGACCCCAGCAAUACUGCCCGUCGCAGCUGGGACCUUCGCAACUUUAUCAAAGACACAGCGGCAGGUCAGAGUCCCAUGGAGGCAGUUCGGCGCUCCAUACACGCCUUCGACGAGAAGCAUUAUCAGCUAAUGAGACAGCGCAACAUCAUUGGUCAGGUGUGCAACACCCCCAAAUCCUAUGACAAUGUCAUGCAUGUGGGGCUACGCAAGGUCACCUUCAAAUGGCAGAGAGGCAACAAGAUAGGCGAGGGGCAGUACGGGAAGGUGUAUACGUGCAUUAACGUGGACUCUGGUGAACUGAUGGCCAUGAAGGAGAUUCGCUUUCAACCCAACGACCACAAAACAAUAAAGGAAACGGCCGAUGAGCUGAAGAUCUUCGAAGGAAUUAAACAUCCCAACCUCGUCCGCUACUUUGGCGUGGAGUUGCACAGGGAGGAGAUGUAUAUCUUUAUGGAGUACUGUGAUGAAGGGACACUGGAGGAGGUGUCUAGACUGGGUCUGCAGGAACACGUCAUCCGCCUCUACAGCAAACAGACCACAACGGCGAUAAACGUGCUUCACGAAAAUGGGAUCGUACACCGUGACAUCAAAGGAGCAAAUAUAUUUCUCACAUCUUCUGGCUUGAUUAAACUGGGAGAUUUUGGUUGCUCAGUGAAGCUGAAGAACAACGCUCAGACGAUGCCUGGGGAGGUGAACAGCACUUUGGGAACAGCAGCAUACAUGGCUCCUGAGGUCAUCACAAGAGCGAAGGGUGAAGGUCACGGUCGGGCUGCUGAUAUCUGGAGUUUAGGUUGUGUCCUCAUCGAAAUGGUCACUGGAAAGAGACCCUGGCAUGAAUAUGAACAUAACUUUCAGAUCAUGUAUAAAGUGGGUAUGGGCCACAAACCGCCCAUUCCAGAAAAGCUGAGCACAGAGGGGAAGGAUUUCCUGGCACACUGCCUAGAGAGUGAACCCAAGCGCCGUUGGACCGCCAGUGCCUUGCUGGACCACCCCUUUGUCAAGGUCUGCACGGAUGAAGAGUGAGGCCAGAGAGGUUGACAUACUCGUAACGUUUACAAAAAUGCUAGCACUACUUCAUGGCGUGAAAGGAACUUUGGACUGGAAGGGGGGAGGACAAUGAAAAUACAGACGGGUUUUAAGCUUGCUCUGAUUGAUAGGAGCCUCUCACAAUGUUAAAAAGGGCAAGUCUUACAUGUACAGUCACACGAGCAGAUAAGAGCGUUAUAUUGUACAUACUGUAAGAAUAGUUUAGGGUUUUCCUUGUACAAAGCAUAUUGUAAAGCUGAAGUUUAAUAGCCACUUUUUUGGCUGGUAUAUGAAUUUUGGUGACGUUAAAGAUAGAUAAAAAUGACAUUAAUUGACUUCCUCUCACAGCACAAUGCAUCAAAGGGAGUUUGGCAAUACAUCAACUGAGUGUUCAAUGAAGAAAACAAAUCAGACAGUCACAUUAGAGAAGGUUUUAAUUUUUUUUUAAAUAUGGUAUUUUUGUUCGCCUUGCUGCAGAGCCCACUGUUAACAAAUCAUAUUUAAGCCUUUGAAUAGUUGUGCUGCGUCGACCAGCCUCCUGGCCAACGUCGUGCCUUUUCAGUCUGAGUGUUUUAGCAUAACCAACCAAUGAGAGGGAAGAAGCCAGUCUGACUCCGCCUUUCCGCUGCUGCACUCAGUCAGGUGGACAAACACAGAAACCUUGCUUUUACACAGGCAUCAAUGUUGUUGGUUCUCUGCUCCUCAAAACAGUGUUUGCAAUAUUUAAAGAAGAAUAUUAAUAAACAGACCUUUUUUU